AUCCAAAACACUGCGUUUUAAAUCGAAUUACACUGUCGAACGUGCUUUAAUAAUAACUAAUACGGAGUGAAUAGAGAACAAUUAAUAAAAAGAUCUAUCUAAAUUAUUUUCGCAGCUUGCAAUUUUCCUCCGUUAUGAAAUACAGCACCUCGUCAUGUGACCUGAUGUGAGCAGCCGUCAUUUAGAUGCAUGAAUCUGUUCUGCACAUUUGCACAGUUUAGGAACGGCUUUGAAUCACCGAGCCUUGGAGCUUUUAAAGGAACUGGUCGUUGGAUGUGUAAAAUGCUGAAUGCUGCAGCAGCCGACAGAAAUAAGGACCCGAUCCUUGCUGUAUUAAAAAGCAGAGUGACAUCAGACAGGCAUCUGAAUGCUUUGGAAAUCUCUUCUGGCACGGGACAGCAUGUCAUUCACUUUGCCAAAGCGUUUCCGAACAUUACAUGGCAGCCGUCUGAAUACGAAGCUCAGUCAAUAUCGAGCAUUGAAGCAUAUAGACAGUAUCAUAGGCUGGAGAAUGUAAAGCCACCCAUCUAUCUUGAUGUGUCUCAGAGUUGGGAGAACUGGGGUGGAUUUCAAGAGGAGUCAUGUGACCUUGUCGUGAACAUCAACAUGAUGCACAUCUCACCUCUGGCCUGCACAAUGGGUUUGUUUAAUGCUGUUGGAAAAAUACUAAAGCGCCAAGGAUUGCUUCUGACUUACGGGCCUUAUGCUUUCAAAGGAUCUAUUACUCCUCAGAGCAAUGUUGACUUUGACCAGAGCUUGAGAUACAGAAAUCCAGAGUGGGGUCUAAGGGAUGUAUCAUUUCUGAAAAAGCUUGGCCAAGAAAAUGGACUGCGAUUGGAGGAAAUUGUUGAUAUGCCUGCCAACAACCAGUGCUUACUGUUUCUCAAGGACAGUGUGGUUUGAUUUAAUUCAAUUUCAUCGCACUGCAUUUGAUUAUGUGUGGACUCUGCAGUGUUUUAAUGGUUCAAAGAUACUGAAUAGUAUAAAGGCUUUGCUGAAAUUUGUCAUCACUAUCUUUUUGGCAAAAAUGUGUUUUUGCAGGAUGUAUUAAUGUGGGGUUUUCCGCCCCAAAACUUUUUACAAAUAUGUUUAAAAUGAUGUGUGAAAUGCAGAAUAAUAUAAUACAACAUACUUCAUUCCAGAAUGAUUUUCACUACACGGAUGCCAGGGAAAGUAAAGUUUAAAGUGCCUGGGGUUUUAUUGCAGGACAUGAUCAUAGUUACUCUGAAUGACAUUGUCAUUCUUGGUUAUCUGGAUUAUAGGUGUUGUUAUUUUAUAUGUGUUGUUGUUAUUUACCACCAUAUUAUAGCCUACUACAAAAAAAAAAAAAAGCCAUGCUAACCAUAGUAACUGCUUAGUGUGUGUGUGUGUGUGUGUGUGUGUGUGUGUGUGUGUGUGUGUGUGUGUGUGUGUGUGUGCGAGCGAGCGAGAGAGAGAGUGUGAGUGAAAUCCAGCUCAACCAAACCACCAUGCUUCAAAAGCAAGUUUAUCUAAAUCUAUAAAAUUGUUGCUUUGAAUAUGCAUUUAUGCCAAAUGCAUAAAUGUAUGCAUUAUUUUAAUAAUUUUUUGGGGGUAAUAUAAAUGUACCUGUAUACAUGUUGAAUAUGUAUACACUUAAAAUAAAUGUGUGAACUCUCACAUUUCAAGGCAGAAUAUUUGUUUGAAUUUUCUUAACACUAACAUUAUACAGUUAAUUGCUGCUCUUCUUUUAUGCGAUUGAAGAUCCUUGACCAAUAAAGAUUAUCAGUCUGUUAAUGUGCA